AUGACUUGCCACGUUCAAGGGAUUGCAUUUAUCACUGGGGGUGCUUCAGGAAUUGGCAAGAGCACUGCCUUUGCACUGGCCCGCAAUGGUAUCGGUGGCCUGGCCCUUGUUGAUCUCAACUUGUCGUCGCUUGAGAAUGUUCAGACCGAGAUCCGAAGCCAACAUCCAAAUGUCGAUGUUGAAAUCUUCCAAGUGAACGUAGCAGAUGAGACAUCCGUUGACACAGCUGUCCAAAAGACGGUGGAGCGUUUCGGGCGCAUUGAUAUUGGUGUCAACUGUGCUGGUAUUAGUGGAAAUCCCACUUCAACUCACCAGAUGUCUUUGACAGAGUGGAAGAAAGUAAUUGAUAUCAAUCAAACCGGAGUUUGGCUCUGUCAAAGAGCUCUGAUCAGGCAAAUGCUCACACAGGAGUUGCGUGGCACACGCGAAGGCCGUGGAGUUAUUGUUAAUGUCUCCUCCAUGUUUGGCGUUGGCGGGCCCCCCGGUCCAUUCGGGAUUCCUCACUACACCGCAGCGAAACACGCUGUUGUCGGACUAACCAAAAUGGACGCCAAAGCAUACUCCCGAGAUGGGAUUCGUAUCAAUGCCAUCUGCCCUGGUUUUGUGGACACUCCGAUCAUCAAGGAACAGAUCGAGUCUGGUUUAAUGGACGCACAGUUUGAGAUGACACCCAUCGGUCGGCCUGCGCAGGUGGAGGAGAUUUCCGAUGCGAUGCUCUUCCUUUGUUCUUCCUCGAGCAGCUACAUGUGUGGAGCGGCGUUGGUGGUUGAUGGAGGGUUUACUGCCUGA